AUGACCGGCGACGCCCUCGACAGGAUCAUCCAGGAAGACAUCGCGAAGGGUCUCGUGCCGUGCUUUGUUUGCGCGACGCUGGGCACGACGAGCUCGGGCGCCGUGGACGACAUCCCCGCGGUCGCGGACGUCGCGGCCAAGCACGGCAUGUGGACGCACAUCGACGCCGCGUACGCCGGCUCGUGCAUGGUCCUGCCCGAGCUGCGGCACCACCUCGCAGGAGUGGACAAGGUGGACUCGAUCGACUUCAACCCCCACAAGGGCCUGCUGGUCAACUUCGACAUGUCCGCGAUGUACGUGCGGGACCGCGCGCCGCUCGUCCGCGCCCUGACGCUCAACCCGGAGUUCCUGCGCAACGCCGCCACCGACGCCGGCGCCGUGACCGACUACAAGGACUGGCAGGUGCCGCUCGGACGGCGGUUCCGCGCGCUCAAGCUCUGGCUCGUGCUCCGGACGUACGGCGCCGAGGGCAUCCGCGGGUACAUGCGGCACCACAUGGGCCUCGCUGCGGACUUCGAAGCGUGGGUCGAGGCGGACGAGAGGUUCGAGGUGUGCGCGGACCGCCACUUCGGGCUGGUCUGUUUCCGGCUGCGCGGGGCGCCGGACGCCGCGAACGCCGAGCUCCUCGAGCGCCUGAACGCGACGGGCAAGACGUUCCUCACGGGGACCUCGCUCGACGGCAAGUUCACGCUGCGGCUGGCGGUGGGCGGCACCAACACUGGCGCGGUGCACGUGGCCGAGUGCUGGCAGCUCAUCUGCGAGGAAGCUGAGGCCGUGCUGAAGGAGGCAGCGGGCGCGAACUAG